AUGCUGAAUUCUUUAGCAGAGCUCAGUUUUCAGUUUUGGACGAAAUAUAAACAAGAUAUACCAAAUUUGUCACAGUUUUCGCAGCAUGUACCGGCACAGGAAAUUAUGGAGAGAAUUGAAGAUUUGGUGAUAAGGGCGGUCACACAGGUUUUCACAGCACAAAGCCCAUCGUUUAAUUUUCUGCAAAAUUCGAAAAAUACAGAGUAUGAUCCAGCUACUGGGGUAAAUAGACUAAGUCAGUCAAAUUUUCAAACAAUAACGGUAGGCAAUGCAAAAAGUACAAAAAGAUAUGCAAGACUUAUGAAGGUUUUAGAAAUUAUAUAUAUAAAUCUUCAAGAUGGAACAAAAUCAACUAACUCCCCCCCAUCCUUGAUCGAACGACUCGCCAUCGUUCGAUCAAGGAUGGGGGUUUAAAAAAAAUUUUAUAUAUAAAAUAGUAUAUAUAUUUUUUUUAUUUACUUUUAAAUAAGAGGGUUAAGAGUAUUUAAUAAUUAUUUUUACAGCAAAAAAUUUAAUUAAUUUCAUAAAAAUACCAAUUUUUAAUAUUUUGAUCUAUUUGUUACCCCUUUAAACUGUAUAAAUUUUAAUUUGUUCCUUAUUAAAUUAAAUUUUUUUUUUAAAAAUUUUAAAAAAUCUCUAUUUUAUUAGAUUAUUAAGUUUUUUAAGCCUAGGUUGAUGACUAAAUCACUUCGGAUGGUUGAUUCCGAAGCUUUCUGUCGUCUCAAAGUCUCUGAAAACAACUUCAUUAUGCACAUCUUCCCAAGCUUUUGAUAACUAAUAUAUUUUUAUAUAUAUAAAAAUUUGCAUGAUAUGAAAAUCGUUCGAUCGAGGAUGGGGGUUAAUUUCCCCAAUUUUUAGGAAUUUUUACAGUCAAUCGUUCGAUCAAGGAUGGGGGGGGAGUAAGCGAGAAAUUUAUUAUCAAGAUCCUAAGCUGUUUGGAAAGCAAAAUAAUUCAGAUUCUGCUAUAGAACAAGCUGCUUCUCUUUUGCAAGUGCCUAGGAAUAGACUUAAUAUUAUUAGUGCAGGAAAAGGAUUGAUAGCUGGAAAUGUAUCUUAUUGUGAUUCUGAGGUUCAAGUACAAGUCGGUAAUAGAGUAUGCAAAAUACCUCCAGAUAUGGACGUUGUUUCUAAUAUAGAGACUGAUGCAGAAUUUAUUAUCAUAAUUGAAAAAGAUACAGUUCUUACUUUCCCUCCCUCAGUGAAUGAACAAAAACCAUUGGAAAAAUCCCUACUUUUGGGUAAGAACCACUCUCUGUGCCCUAAAUGAAUUUUUUUAAUUAUAAAAAUAAUUUUGAUAUAUAAGUGAUAAUUUAUUAUAAUGAAAACUCUGUUGAAUUUAAACAGCUUGCAUUUUAAAACUUAAAUUUUUCAAAUUAAAAUAAUUUUUGUUUUCAAUUUUUAAAUUAAAUACUAUAAAAAUUUAUAAAAAAAUUAAUCCCUCUCCGUGAGCUACAAAAUAUUUUUGUUUCGCUCACGGAGGUGUGGGUUAGUAGACUAGUAGAUGAGCAUUUUUUUGAUUCUUAUAAUGCAAUAGGACUAACUGGGUGUGGAUACCCGGAUUUAGUGACAAGAGAGUUCGCUAGAAGAAUUAUUGAAGAAAGAGGCUGAAUUCCUGUCUUUAUUUUGACUGAUUUUGACCCACAUGGGUUUCAGAUUCUUUGUACUUAUACAUUUGGUUCAUUUAAAUUGUCGGGAGAAUGUGACAGUUUGGCGCUACCAUUUUCUCAUUGACUUGGAAUUCACUUUGGGGAUUGCCAAGGAAACCCUUUACCUUUAACAAAUGGGGAUAUUAAGUUAAUAGAAAAAUUGGUAGACAGAUCUCAGUUUAAGCAGCUGCCUAAUAGUUACCAAAAUAGACGAUUUUUGCAAUGGAAAGAUAGCUUAAUACAGAUGAGGGAUUCAAAUGAAAAGUUUGAAAUUGAAAGUGUCUUGAUUGAAGGAAAUAUCAGUGAUUAUAUUGGUAGGAAAAUAGAAAAAGGUGCAUGAAUAUAA